AUGGGUAGGCCGAUACUUUUAAAGGACUCCCUGAAUGUUUUCCUUGAAUCUUCUUGUCCUAUCCAGAAGAGAUUCCUUCCCGGCCGAGGGCAUUUGGAAGACGGGUGUUUCUUCUUUGACAUAGAAUACUGUCCUUUGUUCAUAUCUAUCUAUCUCCAUUUGUUCCUAUCUAUCUAUCUAUCUAUCUAUCUAUCUAUCACAGUUUCUUCAUACCUGUCUCAUACCAUUUGUUCCUAUCUAUCUAUCUAUCUAUCUAUCUAUCUAUCUAUCUAUCGCAGUUUGUUCAUAACUAUCUUCAUUUGUUCCUAUCUAUCUAUCUAUCACAGUUUCUUCAUACCUAUCCCAUUUGUUCCUAUCUAUCUAUCUAUCUAUCUAUCUAUCUAUCUAUCUAUCUAUCUAUCUAUCACAGUUUCUUCAUACCUGUCUCAUACCAUUUGUUCCUAUCUAUCUAUCUAUCUAUCUCUCUAUCUAUCUAUCUAUCUAUCUAUCUAUCUAUCUAUCUAUCUAUCUCACCCUCAGCUAUGGGCUAAUUAUCUAUCUAUCUAUCUAUCUAUCUAUCUAUCUAUCUAUCUAUCACAAUUUCUUCAUACCUAUCUAUCUCCAUUUGUUCCUAUCUAUCUAUUUUAUUUGUUGCUUAUGUUCGGUUCAUGA